AUGGAGUAUGAAGCUUUACAAAAUUGGAUAAAAUCUCAUAAAUCUAGUUGGGCUGAGAGAGGUGUUACAAUUAUGUGUGAUGGAUGGUCUGGGCCCACAAGAAAGCACAUUGUUAAUUUUCUUGUGUAUAGCAAUCGUGGAACAAUUUUUCAAAAGUCUGUGGAUGUAAUUGAUGUACCUAGUAGGACAGCUGAUUAUUACUUGGGCCUCAUGGACAAGGUAGUGGAUGAAAUUGGAGAAGAAUAUGUUGUGCAAAUCGUAACUGAUAACGAAGCUGCGAUAAAGGCUGCUGGUUACAAACUUAUGCAAAAAAGGGAGAAUCUGUAUUGGACAGGAUGUGCAGCUCAUUGUAUUGAUCUUAUGUUAGAGGAUAUUGGGAAGAAAAAAAGUGUAGCAAAGGUGUUGGAUUGUGCAAAAGUAAUCACACGAUUUAUUUACAACUCCAAUUGGGUCGUUGAUUUCAUGAAGAGAUUCACAGGAGAUAGAGAGUUGUUACGUCCUGUCAUCACACGCUUUGCCACCAAUUUCAUUACUUUGGAAAGCAUUGUUAAACAUAAGACUGCUUUACAGGAUAUGUUUCAUUCUCAAGAGUGGAAGCACAGCAAAUGGUCUAAAAAAGAUGAUGCAAAAGAAGCGAAAAAAAUUAUACAAAGUAAAGAUUUUUGGACCAAGGCAGCAAAUGUAUUAAAAGUUCAAGAACCACUUCUAAAGGUGCUUAGACUUGUAGAUGGGGAUGAAAAGCCCACAAUGGGUUUUAUAUAUGAAGCCAUGGAUAGAGCAAAGUUGGCCAUCAAACAAAAUUGUCGCUAUUAUGUAGAUUAUUGGAAGAUUAUUGAUAAUCGAUGGGCUUUCUAA